GGCCUUCACCUCCCCGCCCCCGCCCGCCGGGCUCCCAGCGCAGCCCACCCUGCACAGGAAGGAAGCGGAGGGGAGGCGAUUCUGGAGAAGUUAAAGGGCUCACCUUAUGGACACCGGGCCAGCAAGGCCAGACACCAAACACCCACCUCCGGGAGGAACCAGCGGAGCCGAAACCGGCUCUCCCCGCCUUUCCGAUAGGGCGGAAGGAGGCGAGAGAAGGGAGCGCGCGCGAGGGGUCCAGGAGCCAGGCAGCCGCACUCCCCUCCCGCAGGGCCGGCCGCCCGGGGCCGAAGCGGCCGACGCUCAGACUGCAGAAAGCGGAACAAUCUCCCAGGCCCUGGCGGCAGCAAACGGGAGCCCACUCCGCUCGCCGCCACCUCCUCCCGACCCCCGGACGUCCCCGAAUGAGUUCCCGGCCGCAACCGCAGCUCGGGCCGCGGCGCCUGCGCCAGGGUUGCACGCUUCGGUCGGCGCGUCUCCACCUGCGCGUCGCCUUCCCUCGCAGCCCCCGGCCCCUGCCGGGAGAGGUGCGCACCAACCUUGGGGGCAGCUCGGCCGCCAAGCCACGGCUUAUGCUGAGGCCGGAGGUGGCGGCAUCACCCGCGGCGGGCGGCGGCUGCACCGGGACGCGCCGGGGCGGCGAAGGCGCGCUGCGCCCUGGACCCUGCUCCCGCGGCCCCGCCCGCGGCUGCCACCUCGAAGCGCGGCGGAGGAGCCGGGGCACCACGGGCGGCGGCAGCGGCAGCAGCGGCGACGGGAGCAGCAGCACAUGACUCUGUAA